AUAGCCACACUAAUAACUGCAGAAAUACCAAAACUGAGCAGACGUGAUCUGUAAUGAUUCUCAAACUCUGCUGGGCAGAACAGGAUCUGUGUGUCAGGAUGCUGCUGCAUUUCCUCUGUAAAGUCCCUUGCGUGUUCUUUCCAUCUUAUCUACUGUCUACGUUGGCUGACUUUUUUGGAUUCUUUUCUGUCUCUCCAAACUCUGCCAUGUACAAUCUCUUUCCCCAAUAUGCUGCAAUCUGAGAGAGGGAAGGUGGAGAGCAGAGAGAGCUAUCAGUAACAGAAGCAGUGUAAAGUGGGCCUGGCAGCAGGGGUGCAUUCGGUCUGCUGGUUCACCACCAUGUGGGUGUUGCAGUUGCCAUACAGUUCUGCGCUAAAUUUGUGUGGAGAUUACCAUGAAAUAGGCUGCUGUGAGGUGACAAAAUCUAUUUUCUGUUCAUCUGCAGGUAAGAUAACGUAUAUAUUUUUCAGAAGAGCAUGUGUAGUUCAAGAUGAUUGUGACUUCAAGGGAAAUCGUGACCUAUAUGGACAAACAUACAGGGUGGCCACUACCUGCUGUUCCACUGAUGGCUGCACUCCUCCUGUUCCUACAUUAUUACCCAGCAGCGAUGAGCCCAAUGGUCUGACGUGUCCAUCCUGCGUGCCUAAUAAUGUCACCAAGUGUAACUCUUCAGAAACUGUAACAUGCACCGGAAAUGAGACUGUCUGUUUUUUUUUGGAAAUGAAAGGAACAACAGGUGAAGUGACAAAUAUGUGGGGGUGCGCAACUCAGAGCUACUGUGUUCAUGUGGCCAAUGAGGAUAUCAAGAUACUUCAUGCUACAGGAAUAGCCCAGACUAAUUAUAUCUGUUUCCGUGGUUUAAUCAGUGUCCAAAACUACAUCCAGACUCCGGCUAUUAUUUCAACCCGCCCCAGUGGAGGCAUAAGUGUCCAGAAAGUCGUCCUGACUCCGGCCGUCGUGUGUCUUCUACUGCUGACAUGGCUUUUCUAGAAGAUGUCCAGGUCCAUGUGGCCGAUGCUGACGUUCCUGUAGUUGUCAGAUCUAUUGUUGAGCAAAUCAAAGUCCACGAGGUGGACUUCGAUCCAAAUAUUAGUUACAUUCCGAUUCCCCGUGAGGCUGAAUUUGCUUCGUGGUAGCGAAACGAUUUUCCCUGAAAUGGUAUAAAAAACGAAAGCAAGAAAAAUCGUACCUAUCUUAUCCAUUUGCUCGCGACGGGCCGGAUUGAAGA